CCGGAAUGCCGGAUAGCCCUCAAUAGUCGCGUGUCGUGUCGUGCUGAUCCAAAACUGCAAAAAUUCCCCAGCAAACCAUGAAGCUCCGGUUGCGAUCCAUGGAUGCGCGCGGCGGCGUUGCCGAGACGCACCGCGUGCAGCUGCCGGACACGGCCACGCUCUCCGAUGUGAAGGCCUUCCUCGCCGCCAAGCUCUCCGAUGCGCAGCCCGUCCCCGCCGAGUCCGUCCGCCUCUCCCUCAACCGCUCUGAGGAGCUCCUCUCCCCCGACCCCUCCGCCACCCUCGUCGCCCUCGGCCUCGCAUCCGGUGAUCUCCUCCACUUUACGCUCUCUCCUCUCCGGUCCCAUCCGCCGCCUCCACAAGCCCUCCCACGGAACCCUAGUCCGGAUGCUAUCGCGAUAUCGGGAAUUGUUGCCUGUUCCACAUCUCCAGGGGAGGCUGGUAGAACCUCAUCGGCAUCGCUGCCGCAAACCAUACACAUAGAGCCUGCCUCAUCGUCGCCACCGUCAACCCUUCGCCUGGAGCCUACCUUGCCUGUGGUAUCUGAUUCACCGGAUGUGGUGAUGGCGGAGGCUGUCGACGCGGCCAAGAGCUCGCCAAGCUUCGUGAUUGGGCUUCUCAAGCGGGAGAUGGAGGCGGAGAAUGCGGGAAGCACAGAGGCUACAGUAAUUCAUCGCUUCAUUAUAGCCCUGCAUGCAGCUCUGGUCGAUGCUGGCUUCCUUGCGGCGAAUCCACCGGGGUGUAGCCUCGGAUUCCUGAAGGACUGGGCCUCGGGUGCUUUGCCAACACUGACGGUGAAAUACACCCUACCGGAGAUUGUUUCCGUGUUGCCUGUAGCCGAAGAGGGAAAGAUAGUGGUGUUGAACUACUCACUAAUGCCGAAUUUUGUGAUGAUAUAUGGGUGUGUGCCUGGGGCACAAUCAGAGGUGCACAGGUUAUGUUUGGAGUUGCCAAAGCUGGCGCCUUUGCUAUACCUGGAUAGCAAUGAUGUGGGUGAAGUGGAGGAGAAGGAGAUUCUUGACCUUUGGAGGGUUCUAAAGGAUGAGAUGUGCCUGCCACUGAUGGUAUCUUUGUGCCGACUGAACGGGUUGCCCUUGCCGCCAUGCUUGAUGGCAUUGCCAGGUGAUCUGAAGGCUAAGAUCUUGGAGUUUGUUCCUGGGGUGGACCUUGCCAGGGUUGAGUGCACAUGCAAGGAAUUGGGUGAUCUUGCAGCAGAUGAUAAUCUUUGGAAGACAAAGUGUGAACUGGAGUUCAAAGCUUGUGGCGAGAAUUCUAGAUUGAGCAAAAAUUGGAAGCAAAAGUUUGUGGCAGCCUGGACUGUGAAGGUUGCCGCCAGUAAGAGGCUGCAGAAGAGGCCAAGUCCAAGGUUUUGGAGCUAUGGCUGGGGGAGCAAUCCACAUGGCCCACUUAACUUCCCAGUAAUUGGUGGUGAUUCGGACCGUCUCCCGUUUAGUGUGAAUCACAAUUUUCUUGGGCGUAGUUUUGGAAAUCAGCGGAGAAACAUCUCGCCCAGCUGCAAUUUUGGGGGUGGUCGUCAAGGCUUUCCUUGAUUUAAGUUCAUGGGUUUCGCUGGUAUCUUAAGUAUUUGCAUAAACAUAGGCUGUCUUGUACAUUUUAUAAGUUGCACACUUUAUGCAUUUGUGCAGUGCUCUCAACCUCUCUUUUUUAUUGUAAAUCCUAUGUGUUGUUCUAUUCUGUAACAUUGAAGUGCUUUUGCUCCCUUCUCAGACUAUUGGUCAUUCGAUCUAGCUAAUGGCGUUGAUUGAAUGUAUAAGAUGAGCUUAAGUUCGCUGUCCA